ACAAACUUCACUUGUUCACGUCAAUAAACUGAGCCUUGAGAAAGAUUAAGAGAACAAUUAACUCAACAAGAAUGAGGAAACCAGAGGUAGGAAGUUCAGCCACUCAUCAAGUAAAGAAGAUGAAGAAGGGAUUAUGGUCUCCAGAGGAAGACUCAAGGCUGAUGCAAUAUAUGAUAAGCAGUGGGCAAGGAUGUUGGAGCGAUGUAGCCAAAAACGCAGGCCUUCAACGAUGUGGCAAGAGCUGCCGUCUUCGUUGGAUCAACUAUCUUCGUCCUGACCUCAAGCGUGGUGCUUUCUCUCCUCAAGAAGAGGAACUCAUUAUUCGUUUUCAUUCCAUUCUCGGCAACAGGUGGUCUCAGAUUGCAGCACGGUUGCCUGGUCGGACGGACAACGAGAUCAAGAACUUUUGGAACUCAACAAUAAAGAAAAGGCUAAAGAAGAUGUCCGAUACAUCCAACCUCGUCAACAAUUCAUCCUCAUCACCGGACACAAGUGAUUUGUCUAAUAAUACCACAUCUUCUUUGGAGCUUAAAGACAUUAUAGGAAGCUUCAUGUCCUUACAGGAACAAGGAUUCAUCAACCCCUCUUUCACCAACACACCAAUAACCAACAACAAUCCAUUCCCAGCACCACACAUGAUCAGUCACCCUUGUAUUGACGAUUUUACCCCUUAUGUAGAUGGUUUAUAUGGAGUAAACACAGGGCUACAAGGGGAACUCUACUUUCCACCUUUGGAGUGUCAAGAAGGUGAUUGGUACAAGGCAGAUAUUAACAGCCACGUAGCCGAGAUGAAAACUAAUGGAGCUGGAAACGUACCUGCAGAGAGUAUGAGAGUGGAAGAAUAUUGGGACCUUGACCAGUUGAUGAGCACUGAGGUUCCUUCGUUUCACUUCAACUUCAAACAAAGCACAUGAUUUUUUGUUCACGUCAUUUUUUUUUCUGUUGCGGAAUUAUACUCGAGAGAUUCAUAGCCACACAUAAAUGCAAAUACUGAUAUAUACAUAGACAUUGAAAAGUUAGAGAGUCUUUUGUAUUUCGAAUAAUUGUCUCGUACAAGGGCUUGACGUGCCAAGUGUAAUGAUUAGUCAAUGGAAACUAUAUAUCCCUCAAUAAAAUAUGAAAUAAACACAUACAUUUGUAGUUAUUUUUUCUCUAUGAGAAACGAAAGAUAUAACGUAAAAUAAGAAAAUAGGUUACAAAAAAAAAACAUAAGAAAACAAAACUUUUGAGCUGAAAUUGUUAAACUUGAAGAGAAUUUGUAACAGGGCACUAUGUGUGAUAUAAAAAUCAUGCUCGUUUGGGCUUGAAAAGUAAAACCCAUUCCAAUAGACUCAUUUGCUAUGUAGAUCAUGUACUACGUAUACUCCUUAGAACAUGGCUGUAUAUCGGCCUGUCAACUACGUAGACCUAUGUUUAUGAUUGAUUUGUAUUUGUUUCAGUGAAUUAGAUACAUAUUUGCAGACAAUACGAUUGACUUCAUCCUCUUUUUUUUUUUUUUUUGGCUCAACAUCAACUUUUCAUUUACCAAUUGGGGGAUUACAUGAUUUUUAACCACAAGGAUUUCAACCACUUUUACAUACAAAGUGAUUCAGUACCAUCAAAAGAUCACUAGAUUGGAUCAUAGACUACCGAAUUUUAUACUUUGAUGUAAUUAAACCCAGUGAGAACAAGCUCUGUCACAGACAAAGAGCUGUCUCUUCAACCCCUAACAUUCUACCACACCAGUGAAAAACAUAAGCCCGGAUAUUAGCUAUUCCUAAUCAAGAUUAACCUAAUAAAACCAAGUGCCAGUCACCAAGAGAUAUGAGUUCAGUACUUGGACCAACACCUCAACACCGAAGCGAUGCAUUCUUGACCGGAGUAGCUUCACCAGCGACCAUGCCUCACUCCAUCGCCAGCCAACGGAAACAAUCCGUGCUGGGGAAAAUAAAAGUCGGGCCUUGGCGGAAGCAUCGAAACUGGUACAGUAUUCAAGCUUCCAAUGGUGUGGGCUCCGCUGUCGACAAGGUGGAGGAACCGCCGCCGACACUGGGAAGCUGAGCCUCACCGCGAACCAGCUACAGAACUCGCUUCAUCAGCUGACCACUCUGACAAAACAAGGCUCUGCGUCACGCUGUUCCCGAGAACCGAGAAACAUGACCAUCUUCAGCUGCCGUCACGUCGAUCCUCCGGCCUCUCACCGUCGCACGAGGCGGAAGAUGCUCCCCACUGAGUCACGCGCCGCCGCCGAGGAAGAGAAGCCCUAGAUCUGGAAAAAGGAAAACCCAGAUCUGGUUCUCAAUCCAGCCCUAAAAGCCGACCUUUCCACCUCUGUUGCUCCGUAGCCUCGCCGUUCUUCCAAAAAACGCCGAUUGAACCCGUCUUUGUUCGAUUGAAACUCGACGCAGCACCGACAGACUCAGAACAACAUGCAUAUCGGCCAUGGAGAAGUCAAACAGAAGAAAGGAAAAGCAAAAGGAAAAGGAGGAAGGGUUGAGAAGGACGACCUCCGGUACCGGCGAGCGCCGGACCGGAGUUAGGGUUUCAAGCUUUUAGUGGAGAGAGUUGAGAGAGAGAGAGUUCUUUUGUUGACUUCAUCCUCUUUAAUUUGACAAAUAUCAUACAUAUGCCUUGUGAAAAGAAUAAAAAAGAACAAAAUAAUUUUCGUAUUUUCCAAAAAUGAAAAUUGUGGCCCCCACAUUUUCCACGUGUCACACGUCCCAGCCGAUCAAUUGCGUGUCACUUGGACCCACAUUUCUCAAAUAAAUUACGAAAAUGACAUACGAUGAUAACGUCCCAAAUCUGCGCGCGCUGGCAUCUUUUAUAGGGCGCCACGAGACAAAAAAAAAAUCACAUUCUUUUUUUUUCUUCUUCACUUACUCAAAAAUACAAAGAAAAAACAAUUUUGAAAAACAAAAAUCCCCAAAAAUUAGGGUUUCUUCUGCCCAAUCGUAUUCGUCUCUCUUCUCCAAAUUCUUCUCUGGCUCUGUUCAAAUUCUGAUUCUUUUUGUUUUGUCUCACUCUGAGCUCCAUCGAUUACAUAACUUCAGGGGUCUUUAAGUCAUCAUCAUAGGAACACGAAGACGAUUGCAAAAAACUCCCUCGUGAAUAUCCUCUGGUGUUGUUUUGAAGAGAUGCAAUCCAAGGGAAGUGGGAAUGAAGUGGAAGUCAAUCACCAUUCUGGUGAGCAGCCAAUGAUGUAUGCAGAGGAGCCAUGGUGGAAAAAAAAUAACUCUUUUGGUGUCGUUCCUCAAGAGAUACCUUCUGUGGUUCUUUCAAAGUCCUCCUCUUUAGAAUCAAACGAUGUUGGCCAUGUUCGUUUGGAGGUCGCUAGCGUCAGCGACCAACCUGAGCGUCUAAACGUUGUUCGUUUACCGGUCGCACGUUCAGCGACUGAUCGCAGCGACCAGACGCUAGCGACCCGCGAUUAAAAAUUUUGAUCGCCGAGAAAUUCAGCGUUUGCGACCAAAACCUGCGAUCAGAAAAAAAAAACUCAAAAUACAAAAACACCCUCAAUCUAUCUUCAAAAUUACAAAACAAUACCCUUAACCUAAAUCCUAAAAUAAUUUCUCACGCUCUCUCUCUCUCUCUCUCUCUCUCUCUCUCUCUCUCUCUCUCUCUCACUCACGGUCUCUCAGGCCUCAGCUCUCUCUCUCUCCCUUCACCAUCUCGCACGCCUCUCUCACACCUCUCUUCACCAUCUCUCACGAUCUCUCAUCUCCAUCUCUCACACCUCUCUUCACCAUCUCUCACGAUCUCUCUUCUCCAUCUCUCACGCUUCUCUCCACCUUAGCUCUCUUAAAGGAAUGGCAAGGUGCAAGAAAGUAUAAGACCAAAGUGCCUCCAAACAUGGAUGUGUUUGAAACAGAGUUUGGUGCUGUUACUGUAAUUGGAGCAGAAGGAUGGUGUGCUCAGCAAGGAGAAGCUAGCUUAGAUUCUAGAGUAGAUGCAGAGAAGGAUGACGAGUCUGAUUCAGUUGACACUGAGAUGCCAGCACCAAGAGAAGGAACAAGUAGAGCUAGAGGUUCAAAAAGAAAGCGUAAGGAAUUUGAUCAAGAGCCUUAUGUUCUAAGGAAUGCAAUUCUGGCUGAAAAAUAGAAUGGCUUUUAUGUCUUAUCUCUAGUGAUGAUGAUAAGAUUAGCUAUCUUGAGAAUAUGAUUGGAGUUAAGAUAUAUGAAGGAUUGUAGUCUGUUUCAGUAUGACUGUUUUAAUAUGACUUGAUUUAAGUUUGUACUGAUUAUUAUUAUAUGUUACUCGUAUGAUCACUUUUUUUUAUUA